AUGCAUUUUGCUGAAUUGUUGAUGCAAAAUCUGCCAUUUUUGCUCAUCCCUAAUCAUGACAGUCCGGGUCUCACCCCUCUCAGCCCGUGUCUCACCCCUCUCAGCCCGUGUCUCACCCCUCUCAGCCCGUGUCUCACCCCUCUCAGCCCGUGUCUCACCCCUCUCAGCCCGUGUCUCACCCCUCUCAGCCCGUGUCUCACCCCUCUCAGCCCGUGUCUCACCCCUCUCAGCCCGGGUCUCACCCCUCUCAGCCCGGGUCUCACCCCUCUCAGCCCGGGUCUCACCCCUCUCAGCCCGGGUCUCACCCCUCUCAGCCCGGGUCUCACCCCUCUCAGCCCGGGUCUCACCCCUCUCAGCCCGGGUCUCACCCCUCUCAGCCCGGGUCUCACCCCUCUCAGCCCGGGUCUCACCCCUCUCAGCCCGGGUCUCACCCCUCUCAGCCCGGGUCUCACCCCUCUCAGCCCGGGUCUCACCCCUCUCAGCCCGGGUCUCACCCCUCUCAGCCCGGGUCUCACCCCUCUCAGCCCGGGUCUCACCCCUCUCAGCCCGGGUCUCACCCCUCUCAGCCCGGGUCUCACCCCUCUCAGCCCGGGUCUCACCCCUCUCAGCCCGGGUCUCACCCCUCUCAGCCCGGGUCUCACCCCUCUCAGCCCGGGUCUCACCCCUCUCAGCCCGGGUCUCACCCCUCUCAGCCCGGGUCUCACCCCUCUCAGCCCGGGUCUCACCCCUCUCAGCCCGGGUCUCACCCCUCUCAGCCCGGGUCUCACCCCUCUCAGCCCGGGUCUCACCCCUCUCAGCCCGGGUCUCACCCCUCUCAGCCCGGGUCUCACCCCUCUCAGCCCGGGUCUCACCCCUCUCAGCCCGGGUCUCACCCCUCUCAGCCCGGGUCUCACCCCUCUCAGCCCGGGUCUCACCCCUCUCAGCCCGGGUCUCACCCCUCUCAGCCCGGGUCUCACCCCUCUCAGCCCGGGUCUCACCCCUCUCAGCCCGGGUCUCACCCCUCUCAGCCCGGAUCUCACCCCUCUCAGCCCGGGUCUCACCCCUCUCAGCCCGGGUCUCACCCCUCUCAGCCCGUGUCUCACCCCUCUCAGCCUGGGUCUCAUCCCUCUCAGCCUGGGUCUCAUCCCUCUCAGCCCGGGCCUCACCCCUCUCAGCCUGGGUCUCAUCCCUCUCAGCCUGGGUCUCAUCCCUCUCAGCCCGGGCCUCACCCCUCUCAGCCUGGGUCUCAUCCCUCUCACCCCUCUCAGCCCGGGUCUCAUCCCUAAUCAUGACACCCCAGGUCUUAUCACUAAUCAUGACAUCCCAGGCCUCACCCCUCUCAGCCUGAGUCUCAUUCCUUUCAGCCCGGGUCUCACCCCUCUCAGCCUGGGUCUCAUCCCUCUCAGCCUGGGUCUCAUCCCUCUCAGCCCGGGCCUCACCCCUCUCAGCCUGGGUCUCAUCCCUCUCACCCCUCUCAGCCCGGGUCUCAUCCCUAAUCAUGACACCCCAGGUCUUAUCACUAAUCAUGACAUCCCAGGCCUCACCCCUCUCAGCCCGGGUCUCAUUCCUUUCAGCCCGGGAAGCGCUGGAAUGUGA